ACUGCCACUGAAAAGAAGAGAGUAUAUUGACUGAAGAAAAACUGAAGGAUGACAGAGCAGGAGAGAUUACAUUAGAAGAGGAAUCAGGUGUAGCAGUGGCUGAAAGUAAAGCAGAAAUGUGUACAAGUGAAAGUGAAAAACAUAAAGAGCAUCAGAAGAGUGUAACAACUGGCCACGAGGAGGCUGUCCAGGAAAGCUCAGCUGAAGAAAAGACACCAAUUAUCACCAGCAGAAGUCUCAGGCGGAGAACAGUAACAGUCAUAUCAACACCACAAAGAAAAUCUAAACGUCUUCAAAAUACAGAGGUGGAAGUGGCAGAGGAUGAAAAUGUACAGAUGACUGAGGUUAUGGAGAAAAUUGAUAAGAACAGCAUUGAAGAAAAAGAAGAAAACAAAGAUGAAAAGAUGGAGGCUGAGGUCAGUGCUGUACCAAAUGAUGAAGAUAGAGUUCCAGAGUCAUCUGUCAUAGACCAAGGCCAGAUGGAGGUGGUAGAAGAAGUAGAACAUGUGAAAGAGACCAGCACUCCUCAGGAAAUCCCAGGUAAUGAAGAAUCAACAAUAAAAGAACUCAGUGAAUCAGAUCUUGCUGAUAAAACAGAAGUUGCUGACAGUUACCCUGCUAAAGUUGUAAAAGAUGCUGAAACAGAAGAAAACAAAGAUGAUGUGAUUGAGGCUGAAGACAGUACCAUAUCAAAGGAUGAAGACAGAGUUCCAGAUUCAACUGAUACAGACCAAGGUCGGAUGGAGGUGGAGGGACCAGCCGUAGAAAUGAUACCUGGACAGGUUGAGCAGAAAGCAGAGGAAGCCACAGCAGGUUUGAAACUGCAGAAAGCUUCUGUUGUGCUUGUGGAUUUCAACAAAGUUCCCCCUAAACAAACAAUAGACAGUGUAACUGCUAAAGAAGCAUCACAGCCUCAGGAAGAGUUAUGCCAAGAACUUGUUGCGUCUGCAGAUAUCGCAUACAUAGAGCAGAGUAAAGCAGAGGAUGAAGGUAUGAAACAGACAGAAACUCAGACUGAAUCAGCUGAAAAAGAACAAGCAGAUGAAGACGUAGUGAAAAUUGCAGAAAGUGAAAAUGUAGAAACAUUUAAGAAUAAAAGUGCUGAGGGCACUUCUGAAAUAAGAGAUAAUAAUGAUGAAAACAUGGAGACUGAGGGAGAUGGUGUAAAAGAAGAUGAAGACAGAGUCCCAGAGUUGAUACCAGAGGUGGAACCUGUGAAAGAGACUAGUACUCUUCAGGAAAUCCCAAGUAAAACUCAAAUCCAGGAGCCAAGUCAAGCUGAUGAAGAGAAACCAGACACUGAAACUGAAGAGGAAUUUUCAGAUUUGGCACACAAAGCAGACAAAGAAAACAAGAAGACAAUGAAAGACCAGAAGUUGGAACCCCGGUAAGGCGUUCUAGACGAUUUGCAG